AUGUCUCAAAGAUUACUUGUUCAAAACUUGCCUUUUGGGGCCGAUAAAUUCUCAGCGCCCGUUCAACAACAGGCUGAAGAAAUUAUUCACAGAUGCGUCGGAUACCGCCCCGAGAACAAAUGCGACUGCAGCGAUGUUGAGAAAUUCAGUCCAGGUUCAAAGAUUCGUGACGAUCCGCUGUUUUUGAAGAUCCUUUCUGGUAUGGCUGACGUACAAAUCGCCGGCCCCAGACAGGAAAUACUGAAUGGACAUGGGUCGGAACAAUAUGCUGCACAGAGUCGUAAAGAAAGAAUAAAGAACUGGAUUUCACAUGUGCAAAGCGAAAGCGAAAAUUUUACCAAGUACGAGUAUGAUAUGAAGGAGGAUAUCAACAAUGGAGAUACUACUCUCAAUGGGUAUGCGGUCAACGCGAGCCUACCGAGCCCAGCAGAGCGCUUCGAAACUAAAGAAGAAGUUGAUCUGAGAAUUCAAUCUGCUGUUGACUUCAUAUUAUAUUACACUGACCCUCUCGCAUUCUUCGCAAGCCCCGCCUCCGAUGCCUAUGACGAAAUCGAUAGUGAUAAGAGUUAA